GCUCAGAGAGAAAGGAAAACUGGUUAUUUUAACAUUUACUCUGAUAAGGCUUUAGAUACAGACAAACAGGACCCUGUGCAUUCCUGGUUUUGUAAAAGGACAGCAAAACCAAAGUAGCAUUACUGAACACUCGUAUGCAUUCUAAAAUCCUCUAACUCACAAUUAUACGUGAUAUAUGUAAGUUCAGUGUGGUUGGAAAGUGAAAAACGAACAAGCUAGCAAGUCAAGACCAAUCCACGACUGUCAGCCCUGAGGCAGCUGUAGUCCCUCCCCGGGCCAGAGCGAGCAGAGGGAGCCUGUGCUGCUAAAUGCUUCAGCCUCAAAGGGACGAUGGUGGAGGGCUGAUAAAGAUGGCGGCGCUCUCCGAGGAUGGGAGGUAUGGAUUAAAUUGUGGCCAACAGAGCGCAGACAGAGUCACAGUAUUGCACGUCAAAUUGACCGAGACUGCACUGAGAGCGAUAGAGAGCCACCAAAAGUGUAAGAAUGUAUCUUCUUUGCGGCCGACGAUACAGUUCAAGGGGCUCCAAGGGCGUAUCAAGAUUCCCAAGAAAGAUUCCUCCUCCGACACCUUCCACAAUUUUGACUUCUAUCUAUCUAAUGUGGGCAAGGACAACCCUCAGGGAAGCUUUGAGUGCAUCCAUCAGUAUGUGUCAAGCUCAGGGGCCUCACACCUGGCAUUGUUGGCGACAGUACAGGACAAGGUCACCGUGUGUGCCACUAAUGACUCUUACCAGGUGACCCGGGAACGCAUGACCCAGGCCGCAGAGGACACACGUGAACGUGGGACCAAAGUCAUCAAGCCCGGGGGCCAGUACAGAGGAAAGCAAGUCCAUAUCCGUAAGCCUGCGCUCUCGACCCCAGAGGUGGUCCCAGAACGCAAGCGCUCCAUGCCCAUCAACCCAGCCAACACUAUUCGUAAGUGCCUUUCUAAUAACCCUGUGUCCCAGCGACCUUUCCGGGACCGCAUCAUCCACCUGCUGGCGCUGAGGUCCUACAAGAAGCUGGAAGUGCUUGCCCGUUUGCAGAGGGAUGGUAUCAACCAGAAGGACCGAAACUCACUGGGGACCACACUGCAACAGGUGGCAACCCUGAACCCCAAAGACAACACAUACUCAUUGAAGGACUUUAUGUAUCGUGAUGUCCAGCGAGACUGGCCUGGCUACUCGGAGGAUGAGAAGUCCCAGGUUGAGCGGAUCCUCGCUCGCAAAUUAGGUCUUCCAGCUGAGACCCUCUCUUCAAGCAGUUCUCCCAAAGAUAGUGUCCCCACAUCCCCGCAGCGCCAGCCAGACUUUGACUUCAUCGAUCCUUUGGCUCCUAAGAAAGCCCGCAUCUCCCACCUCAGCAGUCGAGGGCCAGCCGCAACUUCGUCCUCCUCCUCCUCCUCUGAUCGCCGUGAGGAUGAGGGCAGCCCCAGCUCUAAACGCUCAUCCCUACCCUGCAACAUCACCUCGGGCCCUCCCACCCAUCUCCCCAUCUCGUCCCACCCCCCCAUCUCGUCCCACCCCCCUGCCCCUUCUCACCAGCAGCCUAGUCCAGCCUCCAACUCCAACUCACCCAGCACCCCGGAGGGCUGUGGCACCCAAGACCUGCCCGUGGACCAGAGUUCCUCCUGCAGAGACCCAUCACCCGGCCCUCUCUCCUCCGAUAGAACCCUGCAGGACCGCUAUCGGAACCCUGUCCCCGUCUCCAGACCAGCUGCCUCCCCCAGCCCUCCUCAUCCUCCUCCUCCUCCUCCUCCUCCUCGCACCUCACUCACAGUUACCUCCAGUGUCAUCACCAGCCCUUCUUUGCUCAGUGUUACCAACAAGAAAUUUAAAAAGAAAUCUAAGAAGCACAGAGAGAAGGACCGGGAGAAGGAGAGAGGGAAAUGGACGGAAAGAGGCAGCACAAGUUCUCCCAAUGUAGCAGAGCAGGCUGAAGAGACUCGUAGAGCCAAAAAGAGGCGCAGUGCUGAGGAAGAGAGCAGAGAAGGCAUCAACAGGAAUCCUCACAAAGACCAAGACUCUUCUGAUAAAGAGAAGCCAGUCCAAUCAACUGAGUUCUCCUCCACAAAUGAGAUGCCUGACUAUGUAGUGAAGUACAUACCGUUGGUGUCCGUGGACCAGCGACAAAGCUACAAGGAUGACUUCAAUGCAGAGUAUGAUGAGUAUCGCCUGCUACACGCCCGUGUGGAGAACGUCACCCGCCGCUUCACCCAGCUGGAUGCCCAGUGCCGGAAGCUGGCACCUGGUUCCAAAGAAUACCAGAAGGUGCAAGAAGAAGUCUUGAAAGAGUACAAAAAGAUGAAGCAACACAGCCCCAACUACCAUGAGGAGAAGCAGCGCUGCGAGUACCUGCACAACAAGUUGGCCCACAUCAAGCGGCUAAUAGCUGAUUUUGACCAGCGCAGAUCCCAGGCCUGGUGCUGAGAGCACAGCAGACGACAUGUUCACUCAUCAGUAUUGAGAACAGUGUCGAAUCAGGAGGGGAUGUCCAACUGGCUGUUAUUUAACGCCCCUUCAGUUACUGCCUCCACAGCAACCCCACACCCCCCACUUCUCUCCCUUCCAUUUUCCUUCUCCCAUCAUCCUUCUUCAUUCCUCCCUUCUUUUCCAAUCUUUGAUUCCACUGGCUUCAUUGUUGCCUGAAAAUCUCACUUGGACAUUACCUCCCCCUGUCCUUUGCUUUCUCUCUAUUUUUUAUUUUUAUUUUUUUCUCAAAGAGCUCCUGUGGACCUUCAUGCCACUGGACCAGUGGAAGGGGCUGCCUGCAUGUGUGAAGGGGUUUGGGGAAACACUUCAAUUCUUCUAACCUUUGAAGUACUUUAUCUUCAGGCAAAUAAAAAGAACAAAAAAAGUAUUUUUGAGCAUCACAGAAAAUAUUAACAAUGUAUUUAAGUUAAAAAAAAAAAGAGGGAGAUCUAUUUAUUUUGGGACUCGUAGUGUGAAAGAAGAGUCUGCAGAUGAUAUAUUGUUAAACUUUUGUUGAAAACAGUACAAAAAAAAUUUACCGCGGGCCUUAUGUGUUUUGACAUUGUGAUGCCAUUUUGCACGCAAGAUCCAUUAUGUUGUCUUAAUUGGCAAAGGUGACCCUCCUGCCUCAUUUCCUCUCCUUUCAUAAAAACUGAACUGGAUAACCUUCAGUUGGUUGCUGACUUAGAGGCUGAGCAGGAAGGAAAUGAGAUGUGCAGGAGAGAUCACGAGCUGAUUGAGAAGCAACAACUGUAUGUGUGCAUGGAUUAUAAAUUUAGUCGUAAUGGCUACAUGGGUGGGGGGGAGUAACUAAAGGAGUAUGACCCCCUCUUAACAGGGGGGCAGUAUUCCCCGCACAGUGUUUAGUGUUCACGGUGCAUAAUGGGUGCCUUAAGGUGUUUACACUCGGAAACGCCGUGUUGGGCCGACCCUUAGGGUCCACAGGCUAUACAAAGGAACUAUAAACUGCCUGGAAACAGGUUGUGUGUGUGCGUGUGUGUAUGUCUGAGUGCUGGAGGAAGGAAGGGAUGUCAAGUCUGGAUGGAGUGUUACAAAAUUGUAUGAGUGUGUGUGUGUGUGUCCGUAUGGUCAUGCAUUAUGUGGAGUGACAGGUGAAAGACUGAGGAAAAAAAAAUAAAAAUGUGGAUAAAAAAGUGAGAAACAUGAAAAACCAACAAAAAAAAGCUGCUAUAGUGUUUGACCAGCCAGAGCACUCAGGAUCAACCUGGCUGAAUUAAACAGUACCUGAUGUUAAUUGAAGAGAUAUAGAAGAUCCUUAUUUUCCAGAAUGGUUCACAUCUUGACCCUGGAAACGACUGCGCCCACCUCUUCAACUUUAUCCUGCGGCAAACAGUCUGCUUUUCUGUUUCAGAAAGAAGCCAAAACUUGUCGUCCGUCAGAGGACAAGUCUGUAUUACGAUGUCAAAUGUCUUGAUUCUCAGUUUGAGCCGUGCAGAGCAGUCAAAGAUUUCAGAGUAGCUUUUUUUUUUUUUUUUUCCCCCAACGCUGAUACCAAUUUAUUUCGAUGAAUGAAUGGCUUCUAUGAAAGAAAAAAAAGUCUUUAUUUCAACAAGGGAAAAACUGUUUACAAACCUGUGUUAGAAUGUUUGCCAAAAAUUAAAUGCUUUUUGGUACUGCAUCCAUGGAGUACAAUUUGUGAUUGGGGCUUAAUUUCUCAUUCAGUGAGGGGGGGGGGAGCAAAACAACAUUACAUUUGGGGAUGUGAAGGAACUGUCAGUGGCCACUUCAUUAGGUACACCCUGUCCAGUCUAAUGGAGUCCAAUACGACAUUACAAUAGUUUUGGUAAUGUGCAAAUAUAGAUUCGCAUGUAUUACUACUAAGGUCAUAGUUAAAAGUACAGGAUUGCACACAUAUUUAGAGGUGUUUUUGGCCUUCCCAUACACAUACAUGAAGGGUGCAGAAUAUUAUAAACACCCCUCAUUGUGGUUCAGUCCAGCACAGCCUCAUAGCUAACUACAACCUUAAUGCGAUUGAUUCCUCUGCAGCAGCGUCGAUAAAGGCUUGACGUGCAUCAACAGUUGUAUUGGCUUGUAUCAGAUUGUACAGGUGUACCUAACAAAGAGGACACUGAGCGUACACUGAGCUACAGUUGACGUCUAGAAGACUGUCCUGUAUCGGCAACUUAAAUGGACAUUCAAGUAAAUAUUGGCCCAUUCUGUUUCCCAUAUAUUUUGGUUUUGGCACUCUGUGAAAUAGUCAGGUUCUGCAGCAAACUGGCUGUUUUGUUCAGCUGUCUGAAUCAAUUUAACAUAAUUACAAACUCUGCUUAACUUGUCUCUCUAGUUAUUUUGGACAGAAAAUCAGCACUUCUAUAUUGGAUGUGCCACAACAGCAGAUACAUAACGUCCAUAACAGAUGAGGUUCUGCUUGUGGUCUACAUUGAGUAAGGAUGUGGGUUUACAGGCUCAGCCUUUUGCUCUGUAUUUCCCUUGUUGUGGUCACUUCCCAUUUGAAACAUCACAAACGGCCACGUCAACAAGUUUGUAAGACCAGGGCCUCACCUGCAGCCUUCAAGGUGUUAGCCAUCAUUUCUGUCCUCUUCUCAACCUUGUUGCUCUUUAUUUAAAAAAUAAAACAAAAAAACAAAAACAGAUUUGCUUCAGUUGGAUCAGAUCAGCAUAAUUUAGCGUUAUGUGACUCUGUGGUGGGACGAAGGAGGGAAGUGGUUUGAUUAAGAGUCUUAAUGAGGAAGUGGCAAAGGUUAAAAAAUAAAUAAAUUCCCUGGCAGUGUUUUGAUAAGAGACACCACUGAAAAUCAAGUGUGAAUUCAGAUCCUGCCUAUGUGAACAUGUAAGACAUUUCAAUAAAAAUCAGCUUAGUUUUACCUGGAAA